CGGGACGAUAAACAAAGUUGGGUCGUUAGUGUAUACGAUGCGUUAGUUAGCUGGCGCUGGGUUUAGGUAAAUAAAACCGCGUGUGAAGCGUGUUUGAAUGGUUAGAAAUCGAGCAUCAACAAAUCGAGUUUUCGCGAGAAGGCUCGUGGCUAGACGAGUACGGCCGACAAUGGCGCCCAAGCCUCGCGAAUAUUGACAUUGCCGAAAACAUUAUCUUCGAAUAUAGGAUAUUAUCAUAUCCGUGGGUGACACAUACUGCGUCGUAAUUAAUACUCUAACCUUCUUUUAAUUCGCGUUACAUUUAUCGAAGUGAAAUCGUGUACAGAGUUAUUUGUCGUUGCCGAGGUUAUGCGAAAAAAUGUUUUCGGCACGUAUAGUAGCGACGCGUGAACCCUGAAGGGUUUUACAGUUAUACUGCAAUGUGGCACAUUUGCAGAAGCACGGAGGAAGUUGUGUGGGUCUAGAGUUGCGAUAUAAUCUCUGAGGAGAUAUCGUCAAGCUGAUAUAGGAGAGUGUGCGUGAAGAAGGCGUGGUCGGGAUUGGAGAUAGACAAGAUGGACCAACAGUAUUGCCUACGGUGGAACAACCAUCCAGCCAACCUCACAGACGUUCUCAGCUCCUUACUUGCCAGAGAGGCACUCUGCGACGUAACCCUGGCGUGUGUUGGAGAGACUUUCAAGGCACACCAGACGAUACUCUCUGCAUGCAGUCCAUAUUUUGAGAGCAUUUUCCUUCAGAAUACCCAUCCCCAUCCAAUUAUAUUCCUGAAGGAUGUCAAUGAAACGGAAAUGAAGGCAUUGCUGCACUUUAUGUAUAAGGGGGAAGUUAACGUUAGUCAGCAUCUGCUACCGAUGUUCCUUAAAACAGCUGAGGCAUUACAGAUUAGAGGCCUCACUGAUAAUAGUGUAAAUAACAAGACAGAAGAGAAAAGUCCAUCGCCAGAACCAGAAACGCAAACUGGUAUUAGGCAUACUGAAUCGCCUAACCUUCAGCCUCCUCCUGAAAAGAGGAAACGAAAGGCUUCGGGCAGCUAUGAUGUUUCCCUUAGUGGUCCACCCAGUGAACGGUUCAUGUCAGAUUCUCAGACAUCGUCACAAUGUAGUUACAAAUCAAGCCCUCCUGUGAUUCCAAAGUCAAAUAAUGCCAUGGGAGCUGAUUUGGAAGAUGGUAGUCGACCUAUGUCUCCUGCAUCACAGCCACAACCUUCGAUCAAGCAAGAGUUAGAUCAUCAUUUACCAGACUUCCAUGACAACAUUUCCCUCCCAACUAGUGUGGAGUGGGAAGUUCAGAGAGAUGGGAAGAGUGACGAAACUAUGGAUGUACAGAACAUGACCCAAAAUCAACAAGAUUCUGCUGUGAUACAAGUUUCUUGUGAAAGCACUAUCAUGGCUGGAGGUUCUAUGUCUAUCAAUAUGUCAGGGACUACAUCUGAAUGUUAUGAUAAUUCUUACAAAUCUUCGCAAAAUCAUUCUACAUCUUUAAAGUGUAAUUCACAGAAAAAUAGUAAUACAGAAUUUAGUUCCAUUAUUGAUUCAUUUCCAGAAAGUAAUGCAAAUGGUCAUCCAGUUGGACUGCUAGGAGAAGAAGGAGGAGCAACAACAGGCACGCUAAGCGAUGGCGUGUCAGGAAUUGAAUCAUCUGAACAUCAUAAUCCCCCAGAAAUGCUCGACGGGCUCGAUGGAACAUCAGGAACUUGCAAAAAAGAGAAGGAUAUAAAUAAAGAAAGUCAGUCGAAGCUAGAACACUCUAACCUCGGUACCGAGUGUUGUAAGCUUUGCGGCAAGAGCGUAGCGAACAUAAAAAAACACAUGAAAUCGCAUUUCCCCGAUAAAUAUCAAUGCCAAAUAUGCAUGAUAUCAUUAACGAGAUCCGACAAUCUGAAAAGGCAUAUUAAAUUGAAGCAUGGGAUACGAGAGGGAUCAUUGAUAUCGCCGUUCAUGCGUUUAGAGCACAAGCACUUUUUAGCGAAAUCGGAACCGGCUUACCUAACCUAGAAUUUUAUACGUGCGCGCGCGAAAUACGAACGGCGGAGAGUGAUUACACGAGGCACGUGCGCAUGCGUGCGCCCAUAUCGCGUGUUCGGCUGUAUAUUUAUAAUACACACGCAUGCGCGUUAGAACAUCUAACAAAUAUAAACGCGCGAUAUAUGAACAUCGGACAAAGAAAGCUGAGAAAAUCGAGAUACAACGUCGCGUAAAGUAAUCGCGUCGCUCACGCGCGUGUUCCUUCAAAUAAAACCGCUCUUCGUCGAUUCAUUUUCUUGUAAUCUCGGCAAUCAAUUUUACUUUUUUUCUAAUCACCGAGCGAAUUAUUGCGAGAUAUAUCGCUCGUUUAUUAUUUAAUUAUCGUGUUUGAAAUUUAUCCCCGUAAGAAAAUUCAAUUAUUUAUUGUCGUCUAAUAAUUUAAUAUUUAAGAGUUCUAUACUAUUACUAAGGAAAGUAAUAAGCGUAUUAUGGAUGCGAUCGUUCUUAAAAGAAACGAUCUAGUAUAUUUUAAUAUUUUUUAUAUAUAUAUAUAUUUUUUUUUAAUACCAGUGUUCGUAAAAUCGGACGAGCUCUAGAUCUCAGAGUCAAUUUCGAGUACAAAGAGUGGAAAAAAAAAAAAACUUAUACGAAAGUGUCUCUUUUGAAUCGUGUUCGUAGAUACUACCUCCCACGUGUGUCUCGUGUCCCGCGUGUACACGCGAUUCUUUUUUUUUUUCUUUUAAAUUCUUUCCUUCCUCGAGCAAGUAAAAGAAUUCCAUAUCUUCGAAUUUUCCUUCCCUGUCAAAAAAUUACCGCUCUCACUGCUCUUUUCACUUGUGCACGCGACAUAUGGAAUUGUUGAGUUUUUAACCGUACUGUUCAUAUUCUUGUUCAUACUGAAUUUCUCCA